AUGGCUUUGGUCCGGUGCUUUUGGAUCUUUUGGGCACUGACGGCCUUGACGGCAGUGGAUGCUUCGGAGGAUGGCACCUGCCAGGACUCUUCCUGCAGUGCCCAGUUUUUGCAGGUACAAGCUCAGACUCGAAGUGCCAACCACCCAUGGCCACAUGCUCGGGGAAGUCCCUGGAGAGCCUCUGGCCAGACACCCGAAGCAUGGACCAGUCACUCGUUGGCCUGGACUUUCCAUGAUCCCAAGGGCCAGUAUCACAACGUUUUUGCUGGUGGAACGGUGAUUGAUCAGGACAAGAACCUGUUCCAGAUGACCAACAAGGGCCUUUUCGCCUUGAAUUCAACAGGACAACAGAUUUGGCACUACAAUCCACCUGGCAGGUCCAACAAUGAGAUCACGCUGGUCGGAGAAUUGGUCUUGGGGACAACCACCCUUGGCAAUGCUUUCGCAGUGAAUCGACAGAGCGGCCAGGAAGUUUGGGUGACAAACAUGGCACCUGAUGCGGGUGGAGACUGUGGAUAUCCUGCGGCUCACGAUGGGAUUUUUGUGGCAGGCGCAAGUGUGUCACUAGAGACCAAUGGAGGAAACAAGAAAGUAGUUGCCCUUGAUGCGAAGCAAGGCACCAAGUUGUGGGAGUACAAUCCAGACAAGCCCGUGUGGAACCUGACUCCAUUGUUUCCGGGAGAUGGCAGUUGCAUUUUCAUGGACUUUUCCGGUGGGAUGUAUCGCUUGAACCUGGCAACUGGAGCCGAAAUUUGGAAGACAUUACCACCGAGCUCCCGAGAAUCCUUUAGUGAUGGAGGUGCAGGUCUAGGGCCAAAGAUGGUCUACAGCUGCAGUAAUCCCAAGAACCAGACUGGAUCUGAAGGAAGCGUUGGCAUUGUCAGAGCUUUCCAUGUGUCCAAUGGGACGGAGGCUUGGUAUGUGGAAACUCCCAUGCCUUGCAAUAGCUACCCAUCUAUUGGGCAUGUGGCAGGUGUGGAGCCCUUGGCUGUGGUGGUUGUCCCUGGAUCCUUCAUGGGUCAGGAGAAUCUGCACGGUGAGAUCCUGGCUCUGGACGCAGCCACAGGAGCUACUUUGUGGAGCCAUCCGGUGACCCCCUACAGCGGCCCAGAAGGCCAAGCUGCUGGGGAUUUCGAAGGAUUUCCGACCAGGGCCAAGGAGAAACUUCAGCCCGUUUGUUUGCCCGCGCACUGGAGUGCUCCAAUGAUUGAUGGGAAUGGUGUGGUAAUCGUCGGCCGCUCGGAUGGGAAGAUGUACAAAGUCUAUGGCCCGCAAAGCAGCUUCAAGGGGACUGUGUCCUCCAAUAUGUCUGUGAGCAACGGGACCCUGGCAGAAGUUGUUCCCAUAGGCUCUGCAUUUUUGCAUGGAGCGCUUGGUGCCGCUCCUGGCAUGUUUGCAAUCUCCUCUUGUGACACCCUCUAUGUAGACUUGCCAGCCAGUCGUCAAUCCCUUUUACGGCCCCUGGCGAAAGGUAUGUCAGCCAACCUCAGAGUAGGCCAGGAAGUGUUCGCAAUUGGAAAUCCGUUCGGCUUAGACCACACCCUCACAAAGGGAAUUGUGUCCGGUGUUGGCCGCACUAUUCAGAGCGUGGGUGGUCGACCCAUUCAGGGUGCCAUCCAGACCGAUGCUUCAAUCAACCCUGGGAACAGUGGCGGACCUUUGCUCAACUCCAAAGGGCAGGUUAUUGGAAUGAACACAGCGGUGAUUGCUGGUGCUACUGGCACUGGCUUCGCCAUCCCGGAAGACACGGUGUCAGCACGCGUUGGGAGCAUCUUAAAGUUUGGCUAUGUGAAGAGGGCUGGACUUGGCCUCUACCUGGGACAGGAUGGCCUUGCACAGCGCUUGUCAGGACGGCCGGGAGGUGUGGUAGCUGGAUUGCAGAUCAACAGUGCCGCUGGCAAGGCAGGCGUCAAGCCUGGCGACAUUCUUCAAGAAAUAGACAGCCGACGCAUCACCACCGUGCAAGCACCUUAG